UCUUUCUUCCACAUCCACAUUCCACAUCCAACAAUCUUCAUCCCUCUCUAUAUUAUUCAUCCAUUCCUCUAUCACUACUUUCCAUCCCGCGCUUGUUGCGACGACUUUCAUUCUCUCUCUCUCCGUAUCCAUUUUCUUUCCUUUCUAUCUUCAAUCUCUCGUUUAAUGUUCCUUUGAUAUAUAUACAUACCUCCAUCCAUCUAUCUAUCUGGAUCUGGUGGCUACUAGUUUCCUCAAUCAGGCCGCGUAACCCUCGCUCGCUCCCCUCUUGUCCUCCAGUCGCUCGCUGCCAGCCACCGCCAGUCACGAUGCGGUGGACACCCUCCUUAUCCCUUCUGCUGCUCUCAGUCCUCUUGCUCGCCAUAGCCGUCGUUGGCGCUGAGCAACCAAAUCACCAUGGCAGGAAGAGACAGAUAAUCAGCAUCGACGACCCAGCGGCAUCAGCGACCGAAUCUCCAUCCGAAGAACCAACAACCACCACCACCACCUCCACCACCAGCACACGAGAAGACCCAACAACCACUUCAGAGACCACCAAAGAAGAACCAACCACCAAACCCAGCGAUUCCCCCACCUCCAAAACCACCACCAACCGCCCAACCCGACCAACAGAUCGAACAACCCCCCGUCCCACCCGCACACCCACCCCGCCUCCAACCCGCUCCUCCGUCAUCAUCGUCACAAACACCAUAACCCUCAGCGGCAGCACCUAUGAACAAACCUCUGCCUCAACCAUCGCUCCAGGCCAAACCCUAGCCCCAGGCCUCGGUAACGACGCUGGUGGCCGCCGCACCUCCUCCGGCCUCAGCGAGUCCUCCGAGCGCGUCAUCAUCGGCGUCGUAGUCGGUGUAGGCGGCGCCGUCAUCCUGGGCGGCCUGGCCUUCGUCGCAUGGCGGUUGCGCCGCAAGCGCAACGCACGCGGCCUGGGCGACGACGAUGACCUGAUGAACGCCGGCACAGCCGUUGGCUCGUCGAGCCUUGAGACCUCGACCACGGCGGCGGGGGCGAGCCCGUUCAAGUCUACGUUGGAUCAGUAUCAUCAUCCUGGCGGGGUGAAUCCGUCGUCGAAUUUUUAGAUGAUGAGAAGGGGCGACUUCGUGUUUUUUCUCUCUCUUUUUUUUUUUUUCUCUGGUUGCUUUCACUUUUUACUUGAAGAUUGUAAAAUGCGCGGCAUUUGAUUAGAAUCUGGGCAUGAAGCAUCGCUUAAGGUGUGCGAAACAAGCUUUUUUUUUUUUUUUUCUUCGCCUGGAAGAAGUUGGGGUUGAUGAUGUUUUUUUAUUUUAAUGUUGGCUGGCUGCAUUAUUUUCCUGUGUUUUGUUGUCAGGUAAUAUCCCCGCUCUCAACACUGACACGGAUGGUUUUUUUUUUUUUUUUUUUUUUUUU